AUGUUCAUUCUGACCAAGUUUGCCGACCUGGUCACUAUUGAACCCAAGGACUUCUCAAAGAAGAGCAUAGAGGCUAUAGAAGACAACAUCAAUGCGAAAUACUCCAACAAGGUCAUCCAGAAGAUUGGCUUGUGUAUAUGUCUCUAUGAUCUUCUGUGGGCGUCAGAAGGUCUUAUUGGCCAUGGCACUGGCAUGGUGAAUGUGAACGUUGAAUUUCGCAUGGUUGUCUUCCGGCCGUUCAAAGGAGAGACUAUGCUGGGCAAAAUCAGAAGCUCGACGCCAUUCGGGAUCCACCUGAGGACAGAGUUCUUUGAUGAUAUCUUUGUGCCGUAUCAAGAGCUGCCGGCUGGCGCGGAGUUCAACGUGAGUGAGCAGCUCUGGGUGUGGAACCUGGAUGAGAACGAGCGGCUUUACUACGACAAUCACGAGAUGGUCAGGUUCCAGGUGAUAGACGAGGAAUGGCACGACCAAACACCGGCGGGUCCAACACAAGCGGAGGAUGCAGCACUAAAAACGCCGUACAAGCUCAAGGGGAGUAUGGCGGCCGAUGGGCUAGGUGUUUGUCUAUGGUGGGACGGUUAA